AUGACAGAAGACGAAAAAAAAGAUAAACUAGCACUUGAUUUCCUAAAGAACAUCAAAAACUGUCCAUGCAUUGUCAAUCUGCGAUCGAAUAGAAAGUUGUGUGGCAUCGUACGCGUAAUUGAUCACCACUUCAAUAUGAUACUGACAGAUGUAACAGAAAUUAGAAAGACAAAGAGUAAAAACAAGGGUGUUAAGAAGCGAGAGGGUACGACGGUUGAACGCAAGAUAAAAUGCCUGGUCUUGCGCGGUGAUAACGUUAUUUCUGUGUGCGAAGCAUAG